GUUCCCAGAUCAUCGCACGGCUUAUGGAGGGAGUAGUUGUCGCAGCAAAGCCAUGAAACCAGUCCGGGAAGUUUCCGUUGUUGAGGAUGAGAGCCUGGGUCUGCGUCUCAAUGAACCACCUGAGCACCAGCUCCUUCAAGCCACCCUCAUUCUCUGGCUGCAGGUCGACAGACACCUUCUUCUCCAUCCUGCCGCUGUGUUCGGGAGCUCACUAACUCUACUCUCUGCUGUGUGAGGGAUGACGACGCACCUCAUUUGACUGACUCCUUUCCACUGUGCUGAGUGUUGCCAUUGUUUCAACUGACUCACCUGUGACUCUCCUAUCAGCUUCAUUUUACUAUCCCACAUCCUGCUCCCAUAAUCAUCACACAGUUGAUUUCACUGUGGGUUUGCUUUUUUAUUUUAGUUGUUGAUUAUAGGGAGCCACAUGUUUAUGUUUGGGUUCAAGACAAGAUACUCACACCACCGCGUCUUAAAAAUGAACCUUUCAGAGGCAAAUAAUUAAAACAAACACAACAUAAAAGUCAGCAUGCCAGUGCCUCUUGCUAAAUGUGUUGUUUUUUGAAUGGGGUUCUGCACACUGCUGUCUCCUAUUGUAUUUGUGGUUUUCUGAAUUAAGUUCUGCAUGUGCAUGCUGGACAGCACUGCCCCCUGAUGGUUGGGGUUAGGCAUGAGACUCUGUUGUUGUCAACACACACACACAUCACAGAGACAGAGCAGGACCAGGGGGAGGACAUGAAGCACAUGGAAACAUCUAAUGUGGUUAACAGUCACUGACCUUCGCUGACAUGGAUUUAUUCAAACAACAGAAAGUGGAGGAUUUCUAUGAAAUCGGCGAAGAGUUGGGAAGUGGUCAGUUUGCUAUUGUAAAGCAAUGCACAGAGAAGAGCACAGGACUGCAGUUUGCCGCCAAGUUCAUCAAGAAGCGCCAGAGCAUGGCCAGCUCUCGGGGAGUGCGGCGGGAGGAAAUUGAGCGGGAGGUGAACAUCCUGCAGCAGAUUCAACACGCCAACAUCGUCACGCUUCACGAUGUCUACGAGAAUCGCACAGAUGUGGUUCUGAUCCUGGAGCUGGUUUCAGGUGGUGAGCUGUUUGACUUCCUGGCACAAAAGGAGUCACUGAGCGAGGAAGAGGCCACACAGUUCAUCAAGCAGAUCCUCGAGGGCGUCAACUACCUCCACGCAAGAAAAAUAGCCCACUUUGACCUCAAGCCUGAGAACAUUAUGCUCCUGGACAAGAACGUCCCACUGCCCAGAAUCAAACUCAUUGACUUCGGUCUGGCUCACAAGAUUGAAGCUGGGGUUGAGUUCAAAAACAUCUUCGGGACACCUGAGUUUGUAGCUCCAGAGAUUGUCAACUACGAGCCACUGGGACUCGAAGCAGACAUGUGGAGCAUCGGGGUCAUCACCUACAUCCUGCUGAGCGGUGCCUCACCUUUUCUGGGGGAGACCAAACAGGACACCCUGGCAAACAUUUCAGCCGUAAAUUAUGAGUUUGAUGAAGAGUUUUUUUGUCACACCAGUGCUCUGGCCAAGAGGUUCAUCAGCCAGCUGCUGGAGAAAGAUAUAAGGAAAAGAUUGACGAUUCAAGAUGCUCUGAAUCAUCCGUGGAUCAAGUCCAAUGAGCACAAGGAGGAAAAUAAAACCCUGGAGCCAAAGAAACGGGAGCGGCGCCAGCUGAAGACCAAGCGCCUGCGAGAGUACACCAUCAAGUCCCACUCCAGCAUGCCCCCGAACAACACUUAUGUAAACUUUGAGCGCUUUGCUCAGGUGGUGGAGGACAUUGACCAGAUGGAGAGCUCCUUCACUGACCUGGCAUCAGCACAUGACACCCUGCAGGAAGAUAUCGAUGCCAUGGUCUCCAUAUACAAUGACAAGGAGGCCUGGUACAAGGAGGAGAGUGAAGGCGUGCGCCAUGAGCUCUCGCAAAUCCGCUAUGAGUUCCGCAAGGUUGAGGCCUUGAAGAGGGGCCUGCAGGACGACAUGCAGGCCUUCAGUUGCAGCCUCACUGCCAUCAGCAGCCGUUACAAUGAGAGGCUGAACAACUUUGACGCACUGCGCCUGGAGCUCAGCAACGAGCUGAAAUGGGUGCAGGAAGUGAUGGCUUCGUUUCCCAUGGACGGAGGCAGUGGCGGGUAUCCCAACUGCAACUUCUCCACUGUCUUCAAUAAUGAUGUGAAUGAAGCGCUCAAAGAGCUUUUGAACCGCUCCUGUGGUGGAGAGCUGCUGUCUGGGAUUAACCUGGACUUUACUGAACCUGGACAGCAACGAUAAAUAUGUAGAACUGCACAAAUGAAUUAAAAAUACCUUUUUUUUGUAUGUUUUCAUGCUGUAAUUAUUAUGAGUACUUUCUUACACAUCUUAAUGUAUUGAUUCGUUUUUUUUUAACGUGGAGUCGAUGGAGUAGAUAUGAGGUAAAUACAUAUAAUGUGUGCCAUGUGCUCCCUUUGAACUUGCAGGUGAGAGGCAGGUAAAACCAUAUUUUUUAACGACUGAACAAAAGGCUCACACACAAAACAUCCUAGGUCUGUUGAUACAUUCUCUUAAGAAUAGUGUAUGUUCACUGCUUUCAGUCUUCUUCAAUAGAAAACUGAAGUUUGUGUUGCUUUGAAACUCCAGAGCAGAUAGAGAUGGAUGUAGAAAAUCC